CCUACGCUGCUUGCCCUCUUCUUCUUUCUCGUUCAAGAUCGUACCUUCGGUGUUACUUCUCCUUUUGAUCCCUUUUUUCAGAUCAAGCAAGUUAGCUGAAUACCCAAACAAUAUAUCGAUCUCAAGAUGGUAUUUAAAAAAUCACCAUUAUCGAUAACUGCAUUUUUCAUAUAUGCAGUUUUCCUAUUCCUACUGCCAUUUGCCUCGCAAAAUUUGGCGCAUGCAGACACAGAGAACUACGGCACCGUUAUCGGUAUUGAUUUAGGUACAACCUACUCAUGUGUCGGUGUGAUGAAGAAUGGGCGUGUUGAAAUCUUGGCCAAUGACCAAGGUAACAGAAUCACGCCAUCGUACGUUGCCUUCACAGAUAACAACGAAAGACUUGUUGGUGAUGCAGCCAAGAACCAGGCAGCCUCCAACCCUUACAACACCGUGUUUGACAUCAAGAGAUUGAUUGGUCAAAGAUUUGGUGAUAAGGUGAUCCAAAAGGAGAUCAAGCACUUGCCAUACAAGAUCGUCAACAAGGAAGACAGACCUGUUGUGGAAGUCGAAUAUAACGGUGAAACCAAAGAUUUUACUGCUGAAGAGAUCUCUGCCAUGAUUCUCGGUAAGAUGAAGUCCAUUGCUGAAGAUUACCUGGGCAAGAAGGUCACCCACGCCGUCGUCACUGUCCCAGCCUACUUCAACGAUGCUCAAAGACAAGCAACUAAGGAUGCUGGUACCAUUGCAGGCCUGACGGUUUUGAGAAUUGUGAACGAACCAACUGCCGCAGCAAUUGCCUACGGUUUGGACAAGGGUGACGAGGAAAAGCAAAUCAUAGUUUACGACUUGGGUGGUGGUACUUUCGAUGUCUCCUUAUUGUCUAUUGCAGGUGGUGCCUUUGAAGUUUUAGCAACCUCCGGUGACACUCAUUUGGGUGGUGAAGAUUUCGAUUACAGAGUGGUUAGACAUUUCAUCAAGAUUUUCAAGAAGAAGCAUCAAAUUGACAUAAGUGAAAACCCAAGAGCUUUGGCCAAGUUAAAGAGAGAAGUUGAAAAGGCAAAGAGAACCUUGUCCUCCCAGAUGUCCACUAGAAUCGAAAUUGACUCUUUCGCUGAUGGUGUCGACUUCUCAGAGCCAUUGACCAGAGCCAAGUUCGAAGAAUUAAACAUGGAAUUGUUCAAGAAGACGUUGAAGCCUGUUCAACAAGUUUUGGAUGAUGCCAAGGUCAAGCCAAGCGAAAUCGACGACAUUGUCUUGGUUGGUGGUUCCACAAGAAUUCCAAAGGUCCAAGAAUUAUUAGAAAAGUUCUUCAACGGUAAGAAGAUCUCAAAGGGUAUCAACCCAGAUGAGGCUGUUGCAUAUGGUGCGGCUGUUCAAGCAGGUGUGUUGUCUGGUGAAGAAGGUGUCGAGGAUAUCGUGUUGAUCGAUGUUAAUCCUUUAACUCUGGGUAUCGAGACCACUGGUGGUGUCAUGACCACUUUGAUCAAGAGAAACACUCCUAUUCCAACCAAGAAGUCUCAAAUCUUCUCUACCGCUGUUGACAACCAGAAUGCUGUUUUGAUUCAAAUCUAUGAAGGUGAAAGAGCAAUGGUCAAGGACAACAACUUAUUAGGACAAUUCGAAUUGACCGGUAUCCCACCAGCCCCUAGGGGUGUUCCACAGAUUGAGGUCACCUUCACCUUGGACUCCAAUGGUAUCUUGAAGGUUUCUGCAGCUGACAAGGGUACAGGUAAAUCCAACUCCAUCACAAUUUCGAACGACAAAUCCAGAUUGACACAAGAACAAAUCGACAAGAUGGUCGAGGAGGGUGAGAAAUACGCGGAACAAGAUGAGGAGUUGAAGAAGUUAAUUGUCGCAAGAAACGAACUAGAAAACCAAGCACAUAACUUGAAGAACCAAAUCAACGACGACGAAGGCUGGGGUGCUAAGUUGGACGCUGAAGACAAGGAAACUGUGUUGGAAGCCGUCGAAGAAGCCAUCAGCUUCGUCGAAGAAAACGGUGAGACAGCCUCUGUCGAAGAAUUCGAAGCAGAGAAGGAGAAGUUGACCAAGGUCGUGAGUCCGAUAGUCUCCAAAUUGUAUGCUGCAGACGGUGCCGCAUCCGAAGACAACGACGACGACGACGACGACGAAGAUUGGGACCACGACGAAUUGUAAACAGCUUAGAAUAAUUCCAAAAUCACUGAAUAUAGAAGACAGUCCGCUCGAUAUUUAGUUUGUUAUAUAGUCUCUAGUGAGUAACAGUUUAUAAAAAUCAAUUAUGUUGAAAUAUGCUUACGUACAAAACCAGAAUGGAAU